AUGAACGAAGUGGUUGCUGCGGAAAUCCAGAAUGUUCAACAACGAAAGAUCUUAACGGAUAUGGCAAUUCGUCAAAGACUUACAAAUAUAUAUGAUGGGGUGUGGGGUUUUAAAGUUCUUAUAAUUGGGUCACUUGGUGUCAAGUGUAGGUAUUAUUGUGGUUAUUAUUCUGCACAAUUCAAUUUACGAGGGGCAUGUGUAUCAAAGUAUGAGAAGAAAACGGAAAAGGAAGUAUUACAGAGAUGA